AUGCAUCACAAAUGUAUUAGUCUGUUUAUGUUAAAAGUGUGGAAUACACAAAAACUAAAUCUUAAAAUCAGGGCUAAAUAUAAGUCUUGGCUUCUGGAUUCUUAUGUUCUUUGAUUUUUGAGAUGCUUGAACCCAGAGUAAUGGUUGAACCUGAGCAGGGCGGGUCCGAGCCGCUCUUGACGCUCAUUUGCAAUGCAUAUUGAAGGCGGGACGUCCCGCCGGCUCAUUUCAGCCCAGUUUCCCCGAAGUCCUUCAUUCUCACCGGGGACAAUGAGUUCAGGACUGAAGCUUUAGACCACUUUACUGUGGUGACCCGUCCAAAAUGAACCGAAACCGCAUCACACUUCAGGAACCUGAUGUCAAAGACUAUCUGGUGAAGGGGGACAGGUUCACAAAAUGGAAAGAAGACUCGAAAAAAACCACACCGGUCACCCUGAAGAUGGAUCCGAAAGGAUUUUACCUGUUCUGGGUCAAUCAGAGCAAGGAAACUGAGUUUUUGGAUAUUGCCACCAUCAGGGACACACGAGCGGGAAAAUAUGCCAAGCUCCCUAAACAUCCAAAGGUCCGUAACGUCUUCAACAUGGAUUUCCCUGACAGCCAUCAUCUGGCCAAAGCGCUGACCAUCGUGACCGGACCAGACACCGUCAACCUCACUUACCACAACUUCUUCGCUGCUAAAGAAGUGGCUCAGACGUGGGCAGACGACAUCCUGGCUAUAGCUUAUAACACUCUGAGAGCAAACGCCUGCAGACAGUUCUUCCUGGAGAAAGUCUACGUCCGCCUUUCAUUGCAAACCAACAAAGAUGGGAAAAUCCCUGUUAAAAAUAUCUUUAAGAUGUUUCCAGCAGACAAGAAAAGAGUGGAAGCAGCUCUGACCGCAGCAAAUCUCCCCAAAGGAAAGUUCGACACCAUCAAACCUGAUGUGUUCACUGAAGCGGCGUUCAAGACCUUCAUUCUGAAUCUGUGUCCCAGACCUGAGAUCAAUGAAAUCUUCACGUCCUUCACCAAGGGAAAGGGCUUCAUGACGAAGGAGAUGCUGGCCAAGUUUCUGAACGAGAAACAGAGAGAUUCACGUCUCAACGCGGAGCUGUUUCCACCUGUCAGACCCGAACAGGUGAAGAAUCUGAUCGAGAAAUACGAGCCCAGCUCGUCCAACGCCAGCCGCGGUCAGAUUUCUCCAGAAGGUUUGAUGUUUUAUCUGAUGGGGUCUGAAACAUCGGUGGUGAAGCUGGACAAACUGGCCCAGAGUCACGAUAUGACCCAACCCAUCCCACAUUACUUCGUCAAGUCCUCCCACAACACAUAUCUCACCGCCGGGCAGCUGACGGGCGUCUCGUCUCCGGAGAUGUACCGCCAGUGUCUCCUCGCUGGGUGCCGCUGUCUGGAGCUCGACUGCUGGAAGGGCAAACCUCCCGAUGAAGAGCCAAUCAUCACCCACGGCUUCACCAUGACAACCGAGAUCCUCUUCAAGGAUGUGAUUGAAGCCAUCGCUGAGAGCGCCUUUAAAACAUCCAAGUAUCCCGUGGUCCUUUCUUUUGAGAACCACGUCGAUUCAGUCAAGCAGCAGGAGAAGAUGGCCAACUACUGCAGGACGAUCUUCGGAGACGCUCUGCUCGUUGACCUUCUGGACAAAUAUCCCCUGAAGCCGGGUCAUCCGGUGCCGAGUCCGUCCGAGCUGAUGGGUAAAAUCCUGAUCAAGAAUAAGAAAAGCAGCGCACCUGCCAGCAAACCCGAACAGGUCAAGAAAGCAUCUGUUCCAGAGCAAGCAAACGCAUCUGCGGACGACUCUGAGUCCAACCAACCCAGCGAUCCUAACCAACCCGCUCCAGCGAACCCAGAGAGCAGCGACCCGCCGCAUGCAACCGACGACCGUGAAGAACAUGAUGACCACGAUGAACAGGACGAGGAGAAGAUGAAGAACUCUGACGAGGGAACCGCUGGACAGGAAGUGACAGCGUAUGAAGAGAUGUCAGCUAUUGUCAACUACGUACAGCCCAACAAAUUCAUCUCUUUUGAGAACGCAGCCAAAAAAAACAAGAGUUUUGUCAUCUCUUCUUUCGUGGAAACCAAAGGAGAGAGUCUGAUCGCUAAGAGCGCUGUGGAAUGGGUGGAAUAUAAUAAGAGGCAGAUGAGUCGUAUCUAUCCUAAAGGAACCCGUGUGGACUCCUCAAACUACAGUCCUCAGCCGUUCUGGAGCGCCGGCUGUCAGUUUGUGGCGCUCAACUACCAGACUAUGGACUUCCCCAUGCAGCUGAACAUGGCUCUGUUUGAGUUUAACGGCAGGACGGGUUACCUCCUCAAACACGACGUGCUCCGCCGCAGCGACAAGAAGUUCGAUCCCUUCACCGACAGGAUUGACACCAUCAUCGCCAGCACUCUCACCAUUAAGAUUUACUCCGGUCAGUUCCUGUCGGAAAAGCACGUGAAAACUGGAGUGGAGGUCGAGCUCAUCGGUUUGCCCAAAGACCCCAAACGCAAAUAUCGCACCAAAUGGAGCACGACACCCAACGCCAUCAACCCCGAGUGGAACGAGGAGCCAUUCGUCUUCGAGAAGAUCUUGCUGCCGGAGAUGGCUUACCUCAGACUCGUGGUUCAGGAGGAGGGCGGAAAGUUCCUGGGUCACCGGAUCAUCCCUCUGGACGCUCUACAGACAGGUUUCCAGCACAUCGGUCUGCGCACUGAGAGCAACAUGCCGCUCACGCUGCCGUCUGUGUUCGUGCACAUCGAGGUGAAGGACUACAUCCCCGCUGCAUUCGCUGAUUUCUCGGAUGCACUUUUCAAUCCUGUGAAGACGUCAAAGCCGCCGAAGACUGAGAGUUCUACAUACGUGUCUGAAUAUGAGUUACCUGUCGCUGACGGAGCCCAGACGGGGGUCACACCUGCAGAAACGAAGGCUGCAGAAGAAGCUCCAGCAGAGGGCGACGCUGCACCUCCGGCCAAACAGACUCCAGCUCCAGAACCAACCAAACCAGAGGAAAAACCAGAACCAGCCAAACCAGAACCUGAGCCUAAACCAGAACAACAACCAAAACCUGAGCCCAAACCAGAAGAAAAACCAAAACCUGAGCCCAAACCAGAAGAAAAACCAAAACCUGAGCCCAAACCAGAGGAAAACACUGAACCAAAACCAGAAGAAAAUCCAGAACCUGCUGCAGCUGCGGAUGCUGUUGUCACGGAGACCAAAGAAUCCACCGAGGAAACCCCAUCUGAUCCGUCAGAUCCCAGCACUGUGACCUGUGAAGAACUGCAGCAGCACAAGAACUUCCUGAAAGUCGCCAAGAAACAGGACAAAGAGCUGAAAGACACGGAGAAGAAGUUUCAGAAGAAACGAGAAGAACUGAUUCAGAAAUACAGCGACCAGUUCAAAGCCUUGAAGAAGAAGAGCACGGGCAAGAAGUCUGGUGAUGAUCCCAGUGACCAGAUAAAUGAACUCAAGCAGAAGCUGAAGUCGGAGCUCAGGGUUCUGCUGGUGGAGCAACACGAUCAAAUCAAGAAGAAGAAAGAACAGAACAACACUGAGCGUUUGACAAAACUCCUGGAAAUGGCCACAGAGAAGCACUGCAGUGAGGUCAAGGCACUCAACAGUGAGUCCAAGAAGAAAGACAAAAUGAAGAAAUCCAAAAGUACGGAGCAGCUUGACAAUGAUAGCGCUCAGUCGGCAGAUAAGAGCAGCGCUGAUGCUUCACCGCAGGAACAGAGUCUGAAGAAGAAACAGGCGGCUACACUGGCCAGCAUCAGAGAACUGAUCAGUCAGCUGAAUAAAGACACCGUGGCCGAACACGCAAAGAAGAUGUGGUCUCUGCCCGGGGACCUGUCCGAAGCCGUCAACUCCUGCAUCCAGCCACAUUUCCCAGAUCAUGUGGAGAAAGCCGGGGAAAACCGCUCCGAGAACCCUGGACAGUCCAACCAUGUGUUCGUAGGAUGAGGUCCACAUUAAUAUUUACCGUUUUAAUGUAAUCUUAAUGUAUUUGACACUUGUUUAUGUUAUAGCAUACACUGUGUUCUUUUCUUUAGGUAGCUAUUUUAAUUCCCACCACCAAAAAAUGUUUUACCAUUAUACGAGUACUCGAUUAAUCGACAGAAUAAUCGACCAAGUACUCGAUUACCAAAAUAAUCGUUAGCGAAAAAGCCCUGGAAAAUCAGUGUAAAUAAUGAAAAAUCACAUGAAAACUGAUAAGAUCACUUCAGGGGUAUAUUUCACUUCAAAAUAAAAAGGAAAAAAUUAGAAAUACAUUUUGCAUUAAGAAAUAUAUGGAUGUUUUUGGGCCAUAACAAUCUCUUUUUUUUUUACUUAUAUUAUAGAUUUUUUCCCACCAAAUUUGCAUAACUAUAAAACAAAAACAAAUAUGUAAUCC